CCCGACCAACGCCAGACGAUAAAGUACCUCCCGUCCGUUCCUACCGACUUGGGAUCGGUUUCAUCUAGCCAGUUUCAGUUUCCAAGGGCCACACUUACUGUUGAGAUCGCCACAAUGUUCGACUCAAAGAUUAGGGUGCCCAAGUACGACUCGGAUGCGUUCGACAAUGUUGAGUACGAACUGCAGAUGACGUACACGCUGGAGACGGAUCGCAGGAUCAUGAGCUUCUACGACGCCAUGUGGGGCAUGGAGGUGUCCGGCGGAAUCGAUCAGUUCGAGCCGCUGACCAUCGUCAAUGUUUCGCCCACUGGGUUGGCCAAGAGGGGUGGAAUGCGGGUGGGCGACGAGAUCACCCAGAUCAACGAUGUGCCAGCCCUGGAGAUGACCUUCAAUGAGGCCCUGCAAAUGUUCCGGAAGAACUCGCGUUACGUUCGCGUCUAUGUGAGAGGCGAUGAUGAUGCCCCUGGCGAGGAGGACUGGACCUGUGAUUGCUGGUUCAAGCCCAGGAAGCCCUGGCGUCGCGAUUUCACUCCCAUUCAGUGGACAUUCCCCUGGAACGAUCGUCGAAAGCCCGUCUACAAGGAGUCCAACUGCUUCAUGGUGCCCAGCAAAAUGGAGGAGAAGAUUCGGGCCAGGCGUGCUGCCACCUCAGCUGUCCACAAGAAGGAGGAUCUGGCUCCACACACUCGCUCCUUGACUCCCACGCCCAGGCCCAAGAAUCAACCUGGUCCGAAUCUUCUGGAGACUGUGCUCCGGCCCCGUGGCCCACCGCCAAGGGAUUAAGCCAUCUGAUCUGAUCCGUAAGAUGAAGCUGGCCAAGUUAUAAGGAGUUGCAGGCAGCGCUGAAUCCGCUGCAGUGCAUCAGGACCUUUGAGGAUUAUCGGGUUAAAAAACGGCAGGCUGCUGUAUAAUCAGUUGAAGUGCCUCACAAAUGCUGCAAGCCGAUUUUGAAGACUGUUCUGCUGGGAACAGUGUCUUAAUCCUGCCGAGAAAUGAGAAUUUAAUUUAAUUUAUGGUGAAGGUACACAGUGAACCUUAGCUGGCAGUCAACUGUGUAAACUAUUGAAGUGCUUUAGAGCUGAGCUGAGCUAACAUACUUAAGAUCUGGAACUGGUGAACAGACUCGAAAAAUAUCCAUAAGGGAUACUGUCGAAAUGGUAACUAGUUUCUAUCAAGUAAAUAAACAAUUAUUUCGUUUAUGAA